AUGGACUUGGAUAGUAUUGAGUGUGUUUCAUCUUCUGAUGGAAUGGAUGAAGAUGAGAUCCAACAUCGUAUUCUUCACCCUCAUCAACAUCAACAUCAUCAUCAUCAUCACUCUGAGUUUUCUUCAUUGAAACCUCGUAAUGGAGGAAACACUAAUAAUGUUAAUCAUCUUAUUGGUUCUACAGCUAUUGCUCCUGCUACUAGUGUUCAUGAGUUGUUGGAAUGUCCUGUUUGUACCAAUUCAAUGUAUCCUCCAAUUCAUCAGUGCCACAAUGGUCACACAUUGUGUUCCACAUGUAAAACAAGGGUGCACAAUCGAUGUCCGACAUGUAGACAAGAGCUUGGAGAUAUACGGUGUCUGGCUCUAGAGAAGGUUGCCGAAUCACUCGAGUUACCAUGCAAGUACUACUCUCUUGGAUGUCCUGAAAUCUUUCCAUACUACGGAUGCACAUUCAACCAUCGUUAUGUGAAGUCAAAUCCGCGUGAUGUAGAGAAUGCUACUUGGAUGCUCACCGUAUUUCAUUGUUUCGGCCAAUACUUCUGUCUUCACUUUGAAGCUUUCCAGCUAGGCAUGGCUCCGGUUUACAUGGCAUUCCUUCGUUUCAUGGGAGAUGAGAACGACGCUCGAAACUAUACAUAUAGCCUCGAAGUCGGAGCAAAUGGAAGAAAGCUCAUUUGGGAAGGUACACCACGGAGUAUCCGCGACAGCCACCGUAAAGUUCGAGAUAGUCACGACGGACUCAUAAUUCAACGAAAUAUGGCCUUAUUUUUCUCUGGUGGUGAUAGGAAAGAACUGAAACUUAGAGUGACAGGAAGAAUAUGGAAAGAACAGCAGAAUCCGGAUGGUGGGGUGUGUAUACCAAAUCUUUGCAGCUAA